AGGUCAGUGUGGGAGUCAGUGUGGGAGAUGAGCGCCCAGUGCUGGCCUGGGUCAGUCACAGAGGGAGGGGUCCACGCUUCCAGGGGAUGGCUGCGCCGCUUCGUCCUGCUGAAGCUGGUGACCGUGCUGCUGUUCCCCCACGGGACUGGCCUCCCCAUGCUGGUGAGCUGUGUGUUCAGCCUGAGAGCUCUGUGGCUGCUGCACUCCCCCCACGUCUCCACCAAACCCUCCACGGUGCUCCUGGCCCAGCUGGCGUUCACAGACGGCCUGCUGCUGCUGCAGUGGGCUCUUCAGCUGGGGAUGGCCCUGUGUUGGUGGACGGAGGGGGAGGCGGGCUGCGAGGCCGAGGUGAGUCCUGUGAGGGACACAGUGAGCGCAUUCUGCCAGGAGCUGCUGGAUGCUCACCACCUUGCCUCUCUGCUCCUGCUGGCUCUGCUGGGACUGGAGGCCACCCUGGUGUCCCGUUGGCCUCAGCAGACCCGCAGGUUCAGGACUUCUCAGCAAGCUCAGCUCUGCUGCAGUCUGGUCUGGAUGCUGGUGCUGAUAGAACUGGCAUCUAAACUUCUGCAGAACGUCAGACGACAGACUUACCUCUCAGCUCUGCCUGGGCUGUCCCUCUGUCUGAGGAGGACUUUAUGGUUGGUGGACUCAUGGCUGCAUUACGCCGUUUUAAAAUUUAAACCACAGAGGAGACGAAGCUCAUUUCAUUAAGUGUGUGAAAAAAGUUUAAUUAACUGUGAGAAAUGAUGUAUUUAACAAAUGUUAUGUAUAAUUAAACUGAAUACAA